GCCUUCACAGGUGUGGAUGUAAGCGCUCGAGCUCCUCCACCGCGCCGCCACCGCACACGUCCACUCGCUCCACUUUUCGCGCACCACCAUGGGGGUUCAGCAGCAGCAAGUCGUGAACAAGGCCAGAGCGCCGAAACCCGUCAGCGAAGCACGGAAGAUUCGGAAACCGCUCAUGGAGAAGAAGCGGCGAGAGCGGAUCAACACGAGCCUGAACGACUUGGCGAGACUCCUGACGGACGCCAAGAUGGUCAAGUCCGACGGCGGCAAAGCCAACAAGCUGGAGAAGGCUGACAUCCUUGAGCUGACCGUCAAGCACCUGAAGGCACUGAAGACCGAGGGAGGAGACGCCACAGCCGAGAGCAACCCGACGGAAGAGCCUGCGAGCGCCAGUUACAAGGAGGGCUUCACGAAGUGCAUGGGCGUCGUGGACCAGACGCUCAGCAAGGCGGGGAAGGACGCGCUCAGGGAGCGGCUUCUGACUCACCUCCAGUCCUGCCUGAAGACACUGCAGCCUGCCGCCUCGCCUACAGACGCCCGCGACGCCCACACUCCGCAGCCGUCGGAGGACACGCCCAGCAGACUCGCCGCGCCAGAUGCACCUGUCACGCCCGCGACCAGCGAGGACGCACAGGAGCCAUCUACAGUGCAGCAGGAGGGUGCCAAAGACGACAGUGCCUCAAAGGACAGUGCCAACCCGGAGAGUGCCGCGAAGGAGGCCCCGCGAUUUACCCUGGUGCCGACCCGCCUCCCGACAGGAGCGGUCGCGUUCCUGAUCCAGGGCGGGUUGGACCCCCGGCUCCUCCUGCCGCAGGAUCUCACAGUUAUAUCCUCAAGUGCCACGAGUGUCCCCACGCCCUCGCCCGUCGCCUCCCCCACGCCCGCAGCGCAGCCCGCAGCCUCCGCCGCCCAGUGUCCACCCACGCCUCCUCCCUCCUCCACCCCCUGCGCUCCAACACCGUCGCCUUCAGCCUCUCCGUCCGCCACGCCCACCUCCUCGCCCGCGCCCUUGCCAGUGCACUACCAGUGUUCCUCUCCCGACCCAGUGCAGUAUCCCACACACCCUCACGCCCACAGCCCGCCCACACCCCCGCCCAGCGUCUCUCCCCAAAGUUUCCCUCGCGAGUUUUCCCACUUCCAGCCGAGUACGAGUAGCGAGGAGGAGGAGGAGAUGGACACAGAUGAAGCCUUGUCCGAGGAGGAGGACGAGGAGGACGUGGAGAUCGACGUCGAGGUGGAGGACGACGGUCCCUACGACUUGAGUAUGAGGAGGAUGUGGCGUCCUUGGUGAAGCUAGAGGGACGAGGAGAACGCACGUUGCAGUGGGGGCUGGAAAUUAUGUGACGAAAAUGGUGCAUAUGUGAUCAGAAGGAACCUCGAUAACCCAUAUGUGAUAACCUUUAAAAUGGGCGAAGGUGAUGCGAUAGAAGAUUAUACAUUUUUAUCUUUAGUUUCUUUAUCGUCGUCAUUAUUCUUUCAAAGCUUAUUUCUCUAUUUAUUCGUCUAUUCUUAUUUUUUACUGAUCACUUUUUCCAACACUCAUAACGAAUCGUGACAUAGUUUUUAAAGUGUCCUCCUGUAACAGACAGUGUACGUGGUGCCGACCUGUGAUAAUUAAAUAUAUGUGACAAUCUUACGAACUUAUAUUACAAACGGAUUAUCUACUUACUUAUUUUUUUCCACGAACCGAGUGGAAUAUUUUUUUUUUUAAAUCGUUUCAAAUUCUUACACAAUUAUUUGAUAUCAUCUCUUCCUAGUUAUUCUGUACUUGAUUUUUUCCCUUUUCUUUCGUAUAAUAUAUAAGUUUAGUAGCUUACUCUGUUUUAUCUUUGUAAGUUGUUAACGUCUACUAUUCUUCAAAGAUCAAUAAAUAUUCUUUUGGCUGUGAUAUUUAUAUAUUUAAG